CUAGGUAGUAAUGGGCCAUCGAUACCUCAAUUAUUAUCAGCAUCACUGAUAAUGCCAGGUAAACCUGGCAUAAUCGACGCGCCAUUUGUCCACUCAUCGCUCGUCAUGUAAUCGCUCAGAAUACUGAACGAUUUUAUCGUUGGCUAAUGCUUUUAUAGUUGAACACCAUUCGUUUAGCAACUGGCGUAAUCGAUGUCGUUUCGUGUCGAUGAGCUGGCAGACUCAGUGUUUCGUAAACUAGACAGAUUAUUCAUUUUGUCUCACAUAUGGAACAAUUACUCCUCGGAAAAACCAUCGACACUUUCUCCACUCAUUUAUUAAUCUCCAUUGCAUUUUAAUGUUUCACUCAUUCUGAAAAACUGGAUUUCCUGGAAUUGUUAUUUAAGCAAUUGCAACAAGUCGUGAAUGACAAUCGUCUUUGCCAAUUCAAUCUCCCGAUCUACUCCAAUGAAGAGCAAGAAAUCAUCCUCUGGGUGUGGCUGCUGAUGUGGUGCGAAUCAGGACUCUUCAGGACUCGUCAGGACUCUUCAGGACUCUCUGUCCUACAUUUAACCAGAGAAUUGGAACUCCAGGGAUAGAUAGCACCAGAAUUAGCUGUUUGUUGCAUAAUAUUUUCUCUGAAACUCAUUGAAACCUGGACUGAAGCGGGUUAAGGAGAUUGAAUUUCCCAAUAGUCAAGUGUAAGUGGUCCAUGCGUUCAUGAGGUUUAAUAUAAAACAGAAGUCCAUCGAGGUAUUUAGUCAUAUCUCUCGGAGUACUUAGUGCUAGCUGAGUGAAAUUCCAUGAGGAUGAGGUCGAAAAUCCUGUGGCUCAUCGCCAUUGUCUACCUGACAUGCCAAGUCUCUGCAUUCACACGUCCAAGCUACGAGGUAUCGGAGUAUGAGGACCUGGUGCCAGCAGCAUCAGAGAAGAAAUACGAGAAAGGUGGGAGUGAAGAGGAGCACGAGGAUCACUACGGGGAGAGUGGAGAAAAGGGUGAUAAAGGCUACAAGAGUCAUCACGAGCACGAAGAAGGUAAGAAGGGACAUCAUGACAAGGAGAAGCAUCAUGGCCACUACGAGGAGGAUGAGGGUGGUAAAAAGGGCCACCACCACGAGGAGGGCUACAACGAGCAUCACCACAAGGGUGAGAAGGGCGAGAAAGGACACAAAUUUCAUGAGAAGGAGGAAUGGAAAAAGGGACACAAUACCAAGGGCAAGCACAAUAUUCACAAGCUGAAUGAGUUCAAGAAGGACAAGCACUUCUGGGAUGAGGAUCACGAUUCGGCUGAUGAGCAUAAGUACGGGGGUGAUCAUCAUGAGCACAAGUAUGAGAAGGGCGGACACUUCAAGAAGGGACAUGGGGAGAAGGGAGGCCACGAGCAUCGCCAUGGCAAGAAGGGACAUCACAAGAAGGGACACCAUCACAAGGACCACGAGGGACACAAGGGAGAGAAGGGUCAUCAGGAUCAUCAUCAUCAUCACUCCAAGUACGGGAAGAAGGGCGGCCACAAAGAUGGAAAACACUGGAGUUUCAAAAAGGGCCAUUAGUUUAAUUCCAAUUAAUUUCCACUCAUCGAUCUCGUCAGUUGUCAUUAUCAGAA